AUGUCGAGCCCUGCCAACUCAACGCCGAGCGGCAGCUUGACACCAUCGCUCCUUGCGGACCCUUCCAAAGCCCAUCUAUUGGCUCCAGGCCAGCUGCACCACUCUGGUAGCGAGCAGUCGUUGCAUCGCAUCAAGAAUGUACCCGGGUAUACGACACCCGUCUUCAAAGGCAAGGAGGAGCAGCGGGCGAAGGUGCAAGCUAAUGUCACGGCAAAGGGUUUCAUCCCGCGCGAACUAGUCGCAAACGAGGUUAACUGGUUCUAUGCGCACCUCGGGAUCGACGACACGUAUUUCCAGGCCGAGUCCGUCGACAUGAUCUCGGAUCACAUUAUUGCACUCUUCGGUGCGAAGGUUCUUGCGUACACCAAGCACGACCCAUCGAAAUUGGUGAUCGACCUCGAGAAGUUGGACGAGAACACGGGCGCGACGUUCAUCCACACGAGCUCCCCGGGAAGAACAGCGGUCGAGGGUCCUGGCGCAACGUGCGAGAGCCGCAUCGACGAGCUAUUCCUGGAUAAGAGCACUCCGCAGAAUGCGUUCAGGCUUGAGACAUAUCGAUCGCAGGGGUCCAUCUCGUCAACCGCAUCCCAACAGCUGCGGUGCUAUUUCGUAACAAAGUGCAACUUCCCUGAGAAGCUACCGGCGGAGACGCACGCAGAUAGGACUGAUAUUCGUGCCGUAUCCGAUCCGGUCUUCCUCGAGAAGGCCAGUGAGAACACACUUGAGAUCUACCAGCGUGUCAUGUGGAAUGUCGAGACGCGUUAUGGCCCCGUCAUCGAGGUUUUUGAGGUAGAAGGCAGUCGCGAGCGCCGCCUCGUAAUCGGCUAUAAGAUGGGCGGCACGAAGAAGUUCUUCAGCGCGCUAUCGAAUCUGUACCACUUCUACUCUCUUUACUCAGCGCGCAAAUAUGUGGAGCAAUUCUCGAAUGGAAUCACAAUCAUCUCACUGUACCUCAACCCACUACCGAACUCGAACGCGCCGCCUAUUGAGCACUCAAUCUUCCAGGUCAUGAAGGAGGCAUCCCUCCUGUACUGUUUGCCUGACAACCCCUUCUUCUAUGCUGGGGAUGGCCCCAAUGGUGGACAUGCCGUACAGGAGGCAACCUACGCUUAUUGCGGCUGGAUCUUCGCCCAGCAUUUCUGCAACCGCCUUGGUCCUGCGUAUCUCGCGCUCAAGAAUAUCUUGGAUGAGUCCAACCCAUCGCACGCUGAGGUGCUGAACGACAUCAAGAGAAGGUUCAGGGAGGAGACGUUUACGAGAGAGAGCAUUGCGCAGGUGAUCCAUGCCCACGCAGAUCUGAUCAACUUGCUCUAUGUGAACUUCGCGAUGGUUCAUUAUCCGUCAUCAGACCAAGCUUCUCAGCUGAUGCCUACGCUCUCGUAUCAGCGUCUCCAGACGCAGCUCCCGCUCUCUGACCAGGAUCUUCAUGACAAGAUCCGGAAGACAGUUCCAAACAAACACGAGCUGCAAGUGCUCGAGAGCUUUCUCAUCUUCAACAAACAUGUCCUGAGGACCAACUUUUACCAGCCCACGAAGGUCGCGCUGUCGUUCCGCCUUGCACCCGAGUUUCUCCCCGAGGUGGAGUACCCAAAGAAGCCCUUUGGCAUGUUCUUUGUAAUCGGCGGAGAAUUCCGCGGAUUCCACAUCCGCUUCAGGGAUGUCGCCCGAGGAGGCAUUCGCAUUGUGAUGUCGAGAAACCGAGAAACCUAUUCUAUUAAUCAGCGGAUGCUCUUUGACGAGAACUAUGGUCUAGCUUCGACUCAGUCGCUAAAGAACAAGGAUAUCCCAGAAGGUGGUGCCAAGGGUACUAUCCUCCCUUCUCUCGGCGCGAGUCCGAGGCUUUGCUUUGAGAAAUACGUUGACGCUGUCGUCGACUUGUUGAUUCCUGGCCGCAGCCCUGGUAUCAAAGAACAGAUAGUUGAUCUGUAUGGUAAGCCUGAGAUGCUGUUCUUCGGCCCAGACGAGGGCACCGCAGAUAUGAUGGACUGGGCUGCCCUGCACGCUCGUGAGCGUGGCGCGGAGACAUGGUGGAAGUCAUUCACGACCGGCAAGAGCGCAGAGACAUUGGGCGGAAUCCCUCACGACGCGUUCGGGAUGACGUCGCUGUCAAUACGUCAAUACGUCCUGGGUAUCUACAAGCAACUCGGGCUCCGUGAAAAGGACAUCACGAAGGUCCAAACGGGAGGACCUGACGGCGACCUCGGUUCUAACGAGAUACUUCUAAGCUCUGACAAGACCAUUGCAAUCAUCGACGGAAGCGGCGUGCUUGCAGACCCCGCAGGAAUCAAUCGCGAGGAGUUGGUUCGCCUUGCAAAACUUCGGGUACCAGUCGCGCACUUCGAUCGCUCGAAAUUGAGCAAGGACGGCUACUUGGUGGUUGUAGAAGAGCAAGACAUUAAAUUGCCAUCGGGAGAGAUCGUGCUGGAUGGUACUGAUUUCCGUAACACUGCACACCUACGAUUCAAGGCAGACCUCUUUGUUCCGUGCGGUGGUCGUCCUGAAGCUGUGAAUAUCUCCAAUGUCGCUGCUCUGGUCGAUUCCGAGGGCAAGCCGAAUUUCAAAUACGUUGUUGAGGGCGCAAACCUCUUCCUCACGCAACAGGCUCGUAUCUACCUUGAGAAGCGCAAGGUUGUUCUUUUCAAGGACUCGAGCACCAACAAGGGUGGUGUCACUAGUUCCUCCCUCGAGGUGCUGGCCGGACUCGCUCUCUCCACCCAGGAGUAUGUGGAUUUGAUGAUCUUCAAGGAUGGGAAGCCGUCACAGUUCUACGAGAACUACGUCAAGGACAUCCAGCAGAAGAUCACCGAGAACGCAGCAGCCGAGUUCCAGUGCAUUUGGCGCGAGCACGCCCAUGCGCAGGGCACCAAAGCGCGCACCAUCAUCUCGGACGAGCUGUCAAGCACGCUCAACAGCCUGCAGGCUGAGCUCGAGAGUUCGGAUCUAUAUGACGACGCAACGACGCGCAAGAACGUCAUGUCUCGCGCCAUUCCCAAAACAUUGAUCGGACAAGUCGGUCUCGACACCCUGCUGCAGAGGCUGCCGGAGCCCUACCAGCGCGCGCUCUUCUCGAGCUGGGUGGCGUCACAUUUCAUCUACAAAUAUGGCGUCAACGGAACCGCAGUCGAUUUCUUCCACUUUGUUCGCGAUCUCGCCUUGUAGACUAUCGCCGUUAAGAUUCAUAUUGCCUAAAACGCCUUGGACUCUACUUGAAUAGUCGUAGAUAUUGUCCCCUUGAGACUAAUCAUCCGGAUUGUAUUGUAUCGUGAUGGGGUGUAGAAAAGUGCAGCAAUCAAAGGAAUCUCCAACCGG